AUGAUUUCCAGCGUUACGUGCAAUCGCGAUCCUUUCCCUAACCCUAAACUUGAAAACGAUGAAGAUUUCGCAAAGCAAAAGAAACAGAAAGCAGUUAAUACAGAUUCAGUAUACUUGGACCAACAAGUCGAUCCUUGGAACCGACUGAAUGCAACCCCUACGCUGCAAAGUUCACGUAAUAAUGUCUUCCAUCAUGACCCAUUGGCUCCUAAUGACAGCCUGGAUUUUAUACUUAAUGCUGUAUACAACCACACUACAGGCUACAUGAAGAAAAAGAAUGAAGUUUUCCUGCAGAAAGAAACUUUAGAAGACAUUGGUCGUAAAUUAAAGAAUCGAGAGAAAGUUGAGCCAGUUGUGAUAUCUGAUCUGGAACAUCCACUGAAAGUUGUUGAGAUAGGCAAAAUGGAAGACUUCAACAGUAUUAAACUUGCAAUAGGUUUGUAUGACAUUUCAUUUCUAUUUGGUGUUUACAAGUAA